AUGCUGAAGAUGGUAACGCCGCAGGAUAUUCGCAGCCCCGGGCCUGACAUGUCGCCCAGGGCGCGCAUGCUGCCCGACUACUUCGCUGUCGGGCCACUCAAAACGGAGCUGGCUUCGAUCCAGGAACAGGAGGCGCCGUCUUACCAUCUGGACGGAUCAGGCGACGGCCGCCGCGAGUCGACAAUUUCGUUCCAGGAUGAGCUGCCAACACGACGCAGCUCCAACGAGACGGAUACCGGCCGCGUCGCUUCGUUGGGCAGAAAGCCAUCCACAUCUUCCGUCUCGUCUCGCCGCCCGCGGUAUUCUGCGUCUUUGCAUGGUCUGGAACUACAAGAGCACGCUGCGCGAAUUCGUGCGAGCUCACCCCCUCCCGAAAGGUUCCAGCACCACGUCGGCUUCGAUAAUGUGCCCAAUGGAGAAGCCACCAAACACAACACGACAUCGCUGACCCUCAAUGUGAGGCACAAGGGCUACCAGGCUAGACGACGGUCGCGCAGUUUCAUGGUGGGCGUGGAUGAGAACUCGUAUUCCGAUUAUGCCAUACAGUGGCUGCUAGACGAGCUGGUCGAUGAUGGCGAUGAGAUCGUGUGCGUGCGCGUUCUAGAGGGCCAAGUCCGUAUGAACGAUAAGCAAUACCAGGAAGAUGCGAAAAACGUUAUGCAAGGGAUUCUAGCCAAGAAUGGAGCCAACCGGGCUGUCAGCGUCAUACUCGAAUACGCCGUCGGCAAGCUGCACGCGACCUUUCAAAAACUAAUUCAGAUGUAUCAGCCGGCCAUGCUGAUUGUCGGAACCCGAGGCCGAUCACUGGGUGGGAUUCAGGGACUCGUCAACAACCGAAACUCGUUCUCGAAAUACUGUCUACAAUACUCGCCUGUACCGGUCGUCGUUGUGCGACCCACGGAGAAGCGCAUCAAGAAGAAAGUAAAGCGCGCCAACGACUCGAACCGGCAGACGUACUUGGGCAUGCUCUCGGCGACGCUAGGGAAACACGAGGCCGACAGCGAAACCAGUAGCACAUACGAGCUCGAGACGCAAAUCUCGCCAGAUGAAGAGGCUCACCAAGUGGCCAAGGUUCUUGGUCUCCCAGCGAAAUUUGACCCGACUAUCAAGCCCAUCAACCCCAGCGACUACCUUCGAGCGCGGUCGCCAGCACCAUCCUCGUCGAAGACUGGUGAAGAGCCCACGAGCCCGACACUGGGUGAUGUUUCUCCUGGUAGUGCUAUGAAUAGUGAGGAUGAGGAAGAGGAAGAAGAUGCGGAAUUUGACGUUGUGUCUGGUACACAAGCCCUCAACCAACAACAGAAGCUUGAACAACUACACAAGAUGGAGGUCGGUGAAGCGCAGGCUCUCCGUCAAGGUGUGGACGUUGAAGACGAGGAGGAUGAUGGUUUGGCAGACAACAAGCCCUCUCCCUAG